GCCAUCCCUUUUGCAUUUUGAGUGGAUCUUCGUCGAGGAUGGAGCCUUCUGUAGUUCUCAGCGCGGAGUCUCUGCGGGAGCGGCUCCUUCAGGGCCUGGAGGCCGAGCAUGUGGAGGUGGAAGACACAACCCCUGGACGCUGUGCUACAAGUUUCAAAGUCCUAGUAGUGUCUCCACGUUUUCAAGGGAAGGCACUGCUACAGCGACAUCGUCUGGUCAAUGAACUCUUAGCUGAGGAGCUGAAACAUAUCCACGCCUUUGAACAGAGAACUCUGACGCCAGAACAAUGGGCCAAGGAACAAGAAGCUAAGUGACAGGUGCACCUCUAUCCCUUUGCCCUCGACGGAAAAGCAGCAGGCCAGAGACAUGACCAAAACAAGUCCCACCAUCAGAUGGGAGAAAUGGAAAUGGAAUGAACUGGAUGCUAUGGAGGUGGGACCUAUUUAUGACUCCUGUGAGAGUGCUAAGUAUACUUGAAAGAGCAUGAAGCAGAAAAUUAAAAAAGAUGUACCAUU